AACUAAUGUCUCUUGCGGUUCAGAGUCUCUGAACCCAUCAUUCACGGAGAAGGAUUACCACUCUCCUCCUUCAUUUGACCCGUAGAGUCGAUUUUUGUUGUCUCCCUCUGGUCCUGAGUCUUCGUGCGUUGACUCGUUCCAUGAAAGCUGCCAUCGUUUUUAUGAAAUUCGCCUCGUCCUGAGUUUGCUUUCGUCUUUGGGCUUAAUUGCGUUAACCGUAAACGCGAUGAAACCUGAUUAUGAAUCGGAACGGGAGAUUUGGACCAGGGUAUAGAUACUAAUGGCCGUAGCACGAGAUGCAUUGCUCACGUUGAAUCUCUUAAUGCGGGAGGAGGCGGAGCAGUUUUGCGCAGGGAGAGCAAGAUUCUGUUGAUAUUUGUCCACUACAAUCGAGCCAGAGAUUCUGGGCAAAAGGGUGGGAGAUUUUGCUGUGGUGGAAAGUAGGGAAACGGGCAGAGCCAACGUGCAAACUAUCGCAUGAAUCUUGUUCUCCUCGUUUGUAGAAUUGGGAACGCCCACCGUGACCGAAGCUAUUCCUGGAUAAUCGAGUUCAAAGGGAGAGAAUGUGAGUGUCAAAAUUGAGGCAUUAAGGAUUGGCCGGUAAGUGGAGCAGCUCUUGCAGGUCAUUUAAGGUAGAAGAGUCGUGGUCGUGGGGUUGAGAUGGGGCCUAGACGAGGGGAUGAGAAGCGUCAGCCUGGAAGUGUGGGGUUCAGGCUCUCUGGAGACUUUGUGCCCGUGAAAUACGAGGAAUUGGUGCCCUUCUUGCUGGGGUUGGGUAAUGCUGCGAGCACCUUGCAGAAGAAAGCUGAGAACGUUUUAGAAUCAAUUCGUUUGGACGUUUUGCAACUUGCACAUGGCGAGGCGGUAUUAUUUCGGGAGAAAAAGAGUAGGACAGUUCGCGUUUCUGGAUUUGAGCGCCGGAUGUUUGCAUGUAUGUCUCAGUCUGCCACGAGUGAAGUUAAUGAGACGGAUACAUUUCCUGGCGAGAAGCAGCAAUUGCUCCAUGAUGAUAGGAAGACAAGCGCCAGCAAUAUACUCACCCUUCAUACUCAAGGAUCUUUGAGCCAGAGUCAAAUUCCGAUCAUAUCUGAGACUCCCGAAUCAGAAGCAGAGACGGAAGAUGAUGGUUUAACUCCACAUGUGUUGGAAUCUAGAGCCGAAAGGAAUUCGAAGAAUCCUGUGGAAUUGGGAAAUUUAGGGCGCAAAGGAUGGAUGGGUCAGGUAGGGCAGGUGCGAGUACUUUACAAGCAUAUAUCUGUUAUGGACAGAGCGAAGAUUGGAGCAAUAGCGGGAGGAUUAGCAGGAGCGUUCACUUAUUCAUGCCUUCAUCCUCUUGACACUGUGAGGACUAAGCUUCAAGCUCGUGGGGCUGCGGAGUUGUAUAAGGGACCCAUGGAUGUCGUGGUUUCUAUUCUCAAAACGAAAGGGAUUCUCGGAUUCUACAGCGGGAUUUCUGCUGUGAUUUUGGGGUCCAUGCUCUCUUCUGCCAUCUACUUUGGAACUUGUGAAUUAGGAAAGUCCGUGCUUUUUCAAAUGCAAUCGUGUCCUCCAUUGAUGGUGCCACCAAUUGCUAGUGCAGUCGGAAAUAUUGUCUCAUCUGCCGUAUUGGUUCCGAGAGACGUGAUCACCCAACGAAUGCAGGUAGGAGCUUCUGGAAGAUCCUGGGAAGUAUUCGUGAGGACUAUUAAUGAGGAGGGUGUAAGAGGACUCUAUUCUGGAUACUCUGCAGCUGUAGUAAGAGCGUUGCCUUCAAGUGUUCUGAGUUUCACCACUUUUGAGUACCUGAAAGCUCUAUGGCUCAAGAAGAACAAGAAGAAAGCGUUGGAACCAUGGCAGAGCGUGUUCUCUGGGGCAAUCGCCGGUGCUAUCUCUGCUGCACUCACCACCCCGCUGGAUGUGGUGAAGACGAGGCUUAUGACACAAGCAAGGAUGGGAGUCAUGGGAAGUGCGUCAGCAGCACCAGCGGCAGCAGUAGAAGCCGAGAUUAGAGCUAAAGCAGCUGCAGCUUCUUACCAGGGCAUUUCGUCAACACUGAAGAAGAUCUGGCUAGAAGAAGGAUUAACUGGACUGACAAGAGGCAUGGGCCCUCGCUUACUCCACAGUGCCUGCUUCUCUGCUCUCGGUUACUUCGCUUUCGAAACGGCCAGAAUCGAAUUGGUGAAGCGACACUUGGCCCAAGUUCAAGCUCUGCAGAUGGAGUCAAGUUUGGCCCCUGCUCCAGUUUUGUAGGAACACCCUCUUCUGGUAAGAUUCACCAUCUGCCUUGCAUCAGUUGAGCACACCGACUAAGCGAAGCGACUUAUGCAAAGUGCAUGUAUAUUCUGCCUAUGAUCCAGAUGCCCACUGAUGAAAGACAGCGGCAGAAAAGGUAUGGAUGGUAAGCUUGUUUUAUCCAGCGCAGUUUUGUAAUAUCGUAUCAAAUCUGGUCCCAUCAUCAUCUCACCUCUGUCGGUCACAAGCACUGAACGUGCAAUUUUUUACAAUUUACAUUCUACAUUCUUCACCUCAUUUGAUUCAAGGACUUCGGCACCAGAGUAUGGAAGGAUCAGUUAUUGUUCCACCACUGUUUUUUUGCAACUGCUUUUGGGUUUAAGGUCAGCCAUUUCUUGACCCCAUUACGUGUAGUUGCGAACGUACCUUUGAAAUGCUCACGUGCAUGAGGUAGGUUGAGUGUUGGAACUAGGUUAUCCCAAGUUUCAGAGGACAGUUUCGUAUGUCGAACUAUGUCAUCGUUUUGAUGAGCAACGUGUGUUGCAUUUCUCUUCGAUUCGUAAACCACAGGAGAUUCGCUAUCAUGUUAAGUUAGAGGCAACCUACGAUUUGCUGCAACAUCUUUUCUGAUUCAUGCCGAAAGACGGCGAUCCUUAGUUCACCUUAAGUGGUACAUUUAUUAAUGUGAAGAACUGGUGAUUCUUUGCCUAAUUUAUUUACAUAUCUUAGAGCUUUAGUCUCGCUG